AUGUCGACUCCCUUCCGCAUUGUCAUGGCCUGCGACGAGGCUGGUGUCCCAUACAAGGAUGCCAUCAAGGCCACUCUAGAGAAGAACCCUCUUGUUGCCGAGAUCAUUGAUGUUGGUGUCAACUCAUCCUCCGAUAAGACUGCCUACCCUCACCCUGCCGUCGAAGGUGCCAAGCUCAUCAUGGAUGGCAAGGCUGAUCGUGGUCUCUUCAUUUGCGGCACUGGUCUGGGUGUUGCCAUCGCAGCGAACAAAGUGCCUGGUAUCCGAGCUGUGACUGCCCACGAUCCCUUCUCGGUUGAGCGCUCCAUAUUGAGCAACGACGCCCAAGUCCUGUGCAUGGGGCAGCGUGUCAUCGGUGUCGAGUUGGCCAAGAAGCUCGCUACAGACUGGCUGAACUACCGCUUCGACCCCAAGUCCGCCUCUGCUGCCAAGGUCCAGGCUAUCAAGGACUAUGAGCUCCAGUUCCGCACUGCUGCUUAG